UUUUAUCACAAUCUGAUGUUUCAGAAUGCAUUCUGCAAUAGAUAAUAGUUUGUGUCAAGGGAUCAAAAGUUUAUUUUAUUAGCUGUGAAAAUGUCAUUUUACCCUCUUCAAAGCAAAUUCAAUCCUGGUUUUUAUGGGACGCCAGCUCUGGCGAGAGAGAACUUAUUAAAACCAAAUGGUGCUAGUCGGGUGCCUGGGAAUCCUCUCCGAAGACAACUGUUAGUACCUACUGAGGUAGAAAUGUCUCAGAAAGGUCCUUUCUCUAAUAAGAUGAAAGAGCUUAACAGGACAUAUGUGAUAUCUGCAAUUAAAAAUGUAAGCGCUUCUCCUGUAACACGGCCAGAUGGGAAAUUAAAGCUACAGAGGAGGGAAACUGUAAAUAAGGGAUCCCCUAGUCUGGAGAAUCUUCAGGAAGAGAAAAAUAAUCAACAAGUAGACAAAGAAAAACGCUUGACCUUACAGCGACGGCUAAGAACCGGCUCCUUAGAGAAGAUCAAUCCAGAAAAGACUGCAGAGGUUGGUAUAAAGCCCAACAACCAGACGGAACAGGAAGAAAUAAAAACCAGCUCGCUAAAGUCAAAUGGACAAAUAGUAAGGAGUGAUGAGUCUUGCGAGGUGACACAAUGUAAAAACGCUAAAUCUGAGAUAAAAGAAAAAAUUCUGGAAAAUGGAAAACCGUUACAUUUGAAGUCUGAAAAUAAUGGCACUAGAUCUCUAAACAAACAAGAGGUGAGAGGGUCUGAAGAUAUCAGUAGGUCACCGGUUGUAAAGGCUACUACUAAAGGGAGUGAUAAGAGCAUCUGUGGGAGGAAAGUUGGGCCAGAUGUGAAAACGCCUACAACCAAAAAUGGAAGUCUGGAUCGGCAGAAGACUCCGAAGAGUGGUGUCUCAGGGAUUCUAAGAUCUUCCUCUAUUCGGGAUAUCAAAAGCCCCAUGUUGACCCAAAAGCGAUCAACAGAGAUUUUUCCUAACGCACAAAGAAAAGUGCCUGGGACAGUCAGGUCUUUGUUUGUGGUCCAGGGAGAGAAGGUCCAGGAGAACAAGUCCUCAUUAUCAUCCAUCCUCCCUGCAAAAGAUGAAACAGUCAGUCUACAUCCAAACCCAGAUUAUCCAUUGAAGGAGGAGAACUGUGCUGUGACAGUGGCUGUCAGAGUUAGACCUUUCAAUAACAGGGAACGAAACGAGAAUACUGCCCAGGUGGUCUUUAUGAAUGGCCAGGAGACAUCUGUGCACCUAGACACCAAACAGAACCACACCUUCCUCUAUGACUUCUCCUUCUGGUCCUUUGAGAAGUUGUCACCUGGUUUUGCAGGACAGCAGUUUGUGUACGAGAAGCUGGCCGUACCUUUGCUGGAGUGGUCACUUUUGGGUUACAACACUUGCUUGUUUGCCUACGGUCAAACGGGAUCAGGGAAAUCCUAUACCAUGAUGGGCUUUGAUGAAGAACCAGGCAUCAUCCCAAGGUUUUGUGCAGAUCUGUUCUCUCGCAUUCAGAAAACAAAUAAGCAACAGGUUCACCUUGAGAUGAGCUACUUUGAAAUCUACAAUGAGAAGAUCCAUGACCUGCUGGUGUUUAGUGCUGACGCUGGGCAGAAGAAGCAGCCGCUCAGAGUCCGAGAGCACCCGCUGCUGGGGCCAUAUGUGGAAGAUCUGUCAGCGAAUGUGGUAUCGUCUUUUCAAGAUAUACAGAGUUGGCUGGAGUUGGGGAACAAGCAGAGAGCAACGGCUGCCACAGGGAUGAACGACAAAAGUUCCCGAUCUCACUCUGUGUUCACACUGAUCAUGACGCAGACCACGACCGAGUACUUAGAGGGAGAGGAACACGACCACCGGAUCACAAGCCGAAUAAAUUUGGUGGAUCUGGCUGGUAGUGAGCGAUGCUCAUCGGCACAGACGAGUGGAGAUCGUCUCAAGGAGGGCGUGAGCAUCAAUAAGUCCCUACUGACUUUGGGAAAGGUGAUCUCGGCUCUUUCUGAAAAUUCUCAGGCACGAAAGAAGAUUUUUAUCCCAUACCGGGAAUCUGUGCUGACCUGGUUGUUAAAGGACAGUCUUGGAGGCAACUCUAAAACAGCCAUGAUAGCCACAGUUAGCCCAGCGGCCACUAACAUUGAAGAGACUCUGAGCACUCUGCGCUAUGCCAAGCAGGCACGUCUGAUCAUUAAUAUCGCCAAGGUGAACGAGGACAUGAACGCCAAGCUGAUCAGAGAGCUAAAAUCUGAAAUUGAAAAGCUAAAGGCAGCUCAGUUCUCUGCCAAGAACACAGACUCGGAGAAGUACAGACACUGUCAGCAAGAAAUAUCAUCCCUAAAAUGUAAGCUCAGCCAGCAGGAACGGGAGAUGUCGGAGCUGCAGAGAAUAUGGAAGGAAAAACUUGAAAAAGCUGAGCAAAGGAAGAAAGAAGAGACCAAAGAGCUACAGAAAGCCGGAAUUACAUUUAAGAUGGACAAUCGUUUGCCAAACCUUGUAAACCUCAACGAAGAUCCCCAACUGUCAGAGAUGCUGCUGUAUAUGAUUAAAGAGGGACAGACCACUGUUGGCAAAUACAGAGCCGGAUCAGAGCAUGAAAUCCAACUCUCUGGGGCUCUUAUUGCUGAAGAUCACUGCGUAAUCACAAACAUUGAUAACACUGUGAGCAUAAUGCCUUCUGGAGAUGCCAAAACGUACGUCAACGGGAACCAGAUAGCAAAAUCAACUAUUUUACAUCAUGGCGAUAGAGUGAUCCUGGGAGGAGAUCAUUAUUUCAGAUUUAAUCACCCUGUGGAGGUUCAGAUGUUAAGGACACCAUCCCGAGUGUCCACACUGUCUCCUGAAGGACCCAAGGACUUUGAGUUUGCAAAGAACGAGCUGCUGGCAGCACAGAGAGCAGAGCUGGAAAAUGAGAUUGAAGAAGCUCGUGUGAGGGCUAAGGAGGAGAUGAUGGAGGAGAUAGAGAUGGCAAAAGAGAUGGCGCAGAAGGAGCUCACGUCCCAGAGAUCUGUCUAUGAAGAUAAGAUCCGAGCUUUAGAAGCUCAGCUGAAAGAAGAAAGCCGACGCAAGCAGCUGCAGGAAAUGAGCAGCCAGAAAGCAACCAGCAAAAUCCUGGAGCUUGAGGAGGUGAAGCUGCACCUGCAGCAGGAGGUUCACCUGAAUAAGAGGCGGAUGGAGAUGGAGACAAUGACAAAAAAACAGGCUUUGGAAGAUAACGAGAUUCGUUACGCCAAAAUCCUGCAAGCUUUGGAAGAAGAAAAGCAAAAAAUAGCUCAAGAGGUGCAGAAUCUUCAGCAGGAGAGGAACAACCGGAACAGAAAUACAGCAGUGAAUCCAACAUGGAAUUCAAUGAAACUGUCUGUUAUGAUCCAGGAAGCAAACACCAUCAGCAGCAAACUGAAGAAAGACACCACAUUCUGCAGGCAUGAUGUAACUGAUAAAGAAAACGUGCUGGGAAAUCCGGUCCAGAUUCAGGUUAGAAAUCUCAAGCUGGGAAUCGUGACUUUCUGGAGUUUGGAGAAAUUUGAGUAUAAACUCGCUGCCAUGAAAGAGCUGUAUGAGAAUAACGGAAAUGCCAAGGACGAGGAUGUGUUUUAUGACCCAGCAGAUGAGUGGGAGCCGGACUUGUCUAACUCAUCAGUGUCUAGCUUCUCCAGGCGCAGGAGCCUAAUGAAAAACAGGAGAAUCUCUGGGUGUUUGUACGAAAUACGUGUUCAUCCUAUUCAGAGUUUGCAGGCUGGGCACAGCUCAGGUCUAAUGAACAAAUCCAGCAGUUUUCUAAGUAAAUCAAACAGUAUCUGCUCGAACCCCCCUGAGUCCCACCUGCCUGGGAUCUGUAAGGAAAUGAUUGGAUUGUCUCUGGCUUAUCUGGGACGCUGUAAUGCAGAUGAGAGCAGCACGGCAGAUUCCCUGAUCAGCAGCGUACACACUGUGUGCUCCGGGGUCCUGGCCUUGUCCCAGGCAUAUGAGCAGCAAGACAAGGAGAAUGCAGAUGUCUUGUUCUCAGUUAAUCGUGCAGCGCAGGAGCACAGCGUCUAUCUGACAUCAGCGUUUCAGCAGCUGGUGAUGCUCAGCAAACAUUGGCUGGAUUGUUUCCAACACGGCCAGGAUGCAACCAAACCUGCUGAUGACUUACGUUUAUACAUCAAGAAGCUUGGGGGAUAUUUACAGUUAAUGUUUCAGGGCUGCAGCUCGGAUAUUCCAUCUAUGGUUACAGAAGCGAGGAACAAAGCUCAGCAAACAUCAGAGCAAAUCCUUCAGAGUAUCGCGCACCUGUCUGUUGUGACACAAACCGCCCUGCACCUUCCUGACCAGGACACAAAGGAUGAACAUGGUCUACAGGAAUCCUUCUGUCGCACACUAACUGCGGGGCUGCUGCUCGGACUUCAAAGCCUCAUUGAUUUUGGUGUGAAGAUAGCGGAAGAGACACAGACGGAUGUCCAGAGAUGCGAGGCUCACAAUGAGAGUCUUACAGACCUGAAGAAGAACUCUCUAGUGUUGACUGCAAUGUUACGCAACAGUCUAGCAGAUUGUAAAAAGCUGGACCUGAACCGACUGCUUGGAUAUCUUGACGCCAGAACCACGUGCAAUUUGAGCCGAGACCUGCACAAUCUGAAGUGCUGUAUGACACAUCUAAAGCUGCAUUUGAUUCCGGUGUUAAAAGGGUCAGGCACAGACAUUACUCCUCUUCAUACAUUGCUGAAUAACAUAGUGACAUCUGCAUCGCACAUAAACCAGAUCUUCUUGUCGCUGUCACCUAACAUCUUUAUUCUUCGUGAGCUGAAACCUCUGGCUGAGUCACUGACCAUGAGUAUCAGCAGGAAAGGGGAACCCGGACCCUAUCCAAACACUGGACAUGUCCUGACCCAAGACAUAAGGCAGCUUUGUGCGCUGUCACCCACCUUCAUACAGUGGGUGUAAGAAUUAACAUACAAGAUGCCUCAGAUUUAGAUGUCUUGUGUAAGAGAGAAUGCAGGCUUGUCACAUCCCCAGCACAUUAUAAUGCUACAGCAAGCUGAAAAUUCUUUAUUAUUAUUUUGUAAAUACCACAUGUAUAUUUGUACUUUUUUAAAUAAUAAGUUUUCAUAACCUCUGGACUAUCAGCAAUGUAAAUAUGAAAAUACAAAUGACCUUGCAUGGCUCAGCUUGGUGCCAACGCUGCAAUGAGAACAAAUGCAUGCAGCAAAUAUUUGUGAGCAAUACCAGCGCAGUGUUUUUGGAGCAUGUUCCUAUACCAAAUUCUAGGAAACCGGUUUUAUUUUUAGGAUUUGGUAUUGGGGGCCACUGACGUUUGCAAGACCACAAGAGAGGACCAUUCAGGAAGUUUAUGGCCAGAAAUUGCUCCCCAGUCACUUGACCCGGGCUGGUGUGUAAAGAGCGGUUUUCUGUAGUGAUUGCGCGUUUAACUAUGAAAUUAACGAAAACUCGUAUUCACCUCUACAUGCUGGGGUUUGCUUUAUAACUUACUCCACAGCUUCAGACAGCUUUUCUUCCUUUUACAAAUCAUGUAGUAGAAAUUAUUUUUUGUCUCCCAAGUUUCAGACUUGUCCAUCAUAAUGGCCAAAGCAUCGUCCUGUGCGGCAGCUGAUGGGAUUGUAUUGGUCCCAACACCAAGAAGGUGAUAGCAGAAAGUGUGAUCAGUAACCGGGAAAGUAUAUUAAGCAAUUGGAUUGGCUUUAAAGCAGUUGUCUAACUUAUAGUCAUUUAAUUGUGCUAAUUAACUUCCAAAUUAUACAGAAAUACCUCAAAAUACAUUUUAAGAAAACAAAGAGCUUAGGAGCAUGCACGUGUCGUUAUCAGGCUAUGGUAGUAGUGUUUGCUGCUAUGUAUAAAUGUGGCCAAAUGACUAAAUACACCUGCACGCUCAUGUGCUCGCCUAGGAUUGUUCUUUAACAAAGGAUACAAAAUUGAUAAAAGUAAAUUGGAAAGUCACCUAAAAUGAUACAUUCUAUCAAAACCAAGAAGUUUAAUUUUGACUUUACUUUUGUCUGAUUGAUGACAGUUUAUGACUUACAUAGAUCUUAAUAUUUCAAUGGUGUCCUAAAGAACAAAUAGAAAUAUAACAUUUGUUAACUCUGUCUGCUGAUUCUCAGAUGCUUUGAAAUGUAACCUGUGCUGCCUAUUUGUAGUGAAAAGCUUAGCUAAGGAUUAGCUGUGUUAACAGGGUGCGAUCUGAUCAUAGGGUUUGUUGUUUUAUUACUGAGAAUAGAACUAUGAGAACAAACAAUGGGGCUGAAUUAUCAAGCGGCGGGCUGACAUGAUUCGCUGUGGCAAAUCAUGUCCGCUCGACAUCGCUAAAUGCCGACAGCAUACGCUGUCUGCAUUUAACAUUGCAGAAGCCAAUCGGCCGCUAGCAGGGGGUGUCAAUCAUCCUGAUUGGGCGGAUGAGUUAGGGAGCAGAGGUCUUAUGGCCGCUGCUUCUUAAAGUGUCAGUAAACCAUAAAAAAAAAUGUUAUAUAAUUCUGCACAUAGUGCAGAAUUAUAUAACAUUAUA